CUCCACAUUCAAAACCCCAAAAAAACCAGCCCAAUAGAAUCUUGAUUCUAAAAUCAAACUGAGAAUACCGAGCUUUUCUCAACAAAAAUUGAUCAAAACCCCUUUCAAGAAACAAACGAUUACAUCAAAAUCCAAUCUUUCAUGCAUCAUUCUGUGAUAAAUUCCCCACACCCAUAAAACCCCAAGAGCGAAGAACCAAAAAAAAAAAAAAGUAAUGGGGCAGAACACUGGGGCAAGUGGGAAAGGCAAGAAAGAAGAGGAAAUGAAAAAGGAAACAGUAGAAGAAGAAGAAGAAGAAGAAGAGGAAGUAGAAGAAGGAGGAGAGCAUGACGAACAAGAUGGCAUGUCCGUACAUUCUCCUUGUAAACCUCCCUCUUCUGCUCUUCGUAAGGAGCAAUCACAGGUGGAAUUGGAGAUAAGAUUGCUGGAGGCUCUUGAAAUCUAUCCCCCUGCCAAAUUGAGAGGCAUACAUCGUCAUUUUGUCCUUUACGGCUUAACAGAAUAUCUGCGUAGAAGGUUACUAGGCUACUUUUUGUCCUUUUCUUUUAUUAACUCUCUUCNUGACCUUCAGAGUCUAACGGAAAUAGCCUCUCUGCCUGCCCAGAGUAGGGGUAAGAAACCAGAUGACGAGGAUGCAGAAAUCCUAAAUCAAGAGGAAGAAUUUUCGUUGCCAGAGAGUUAUUUCUCGAAGGAAGAAUCUUGAACGAGUUUGAAAUCGAUAUGGAUUUUGGACUUCACCUCUGGCAAUUCUUGUAUAGUAGUAUCAGAAUGGUUAAAUUCUUUUUGUUUUUGUUGCCAUAAUCAAUCUGGUACUCUUUUCUUGAAUCUUCUUAAAUUGGCAAAUUCUAAACCUUACUGAAAUUUAUGCAUGCUGAGAAUUGAUUUCAGCUUUCCUAAUACAGACAGUUGAUCUUUUUACA